AUGACCGCCGCCACAAUCAUCUCGGCGGUGCCGGGAUCCAGCUCAUCGCCACCUCCAAACCACCACCUCACUCCCCGCCUCAUGGCUGUGUCUGUUCACCCGCCACUGGACGCCCGCGACGCACGCGACCACGACGGCCAGCCCUGCGCGCUGAUCGACGGUGACGAUGUCAAUCCCGACUGUGACGUUGGCGCAUGCCGAGAACUCUACAAUGAUGGUAACCGGUCCCCAAGCCCCGCGCUCACGGUCUCGAAUGGCCGCACCACUCCCCCAAGUGUGACCGACUCGCUCGCCCCUUCAAGUAGCGCGCUUGCGUCCCCAGGCCCCACGACUAUCUCCACAUCUAGCCCGCCGCCAUCAUCUGGUGCACCGCCACCAAUCAACCUGCCCAACGCUGAGAUCGGACUAUGCUCGCCCAAGGACGAGGAGGAGCUGAAGAAGGCGUUGACAAGCAAGGAACGCAUCAGUGUCCUCAUCAUCGGCAAGGAGAUUGAAGCUUUCAUUGGCCGUGUUCACCGCGGUGAACACACGUCACGUGUCCAGUCCGCAGAGCCGUCGACAUCGACCUCGCCUCUUGACCAACUUGGCCCGAGUAAGCAACUCGACUUUGCGACUACCACCCGGUAUCUGCGGAUGGUCGUUUAUAAGCUGGCGUCGUGGUACGGACUUCGCGCAGUGGCAGGAAUAGAGAAGCAGUCCAUGAUCGUGGGUGUUGACGGCAACCUGGAUCCCAAGUCGACGAGUCUGCGGAUCGCGUCGCUGGUCCCCGAGCCCACUGAACAGCCUAUGAUGCAGUUCCGCAUCAUGCAGCGCGACACGCUCAGCGUCACUGACGAGGAGGGGACGUCGCGCGCGACGUCUGUCUCCGCAGACGACGGCACAGAGUCAUCCGGAGCACGGCGAACGUUUGAGGAGCGCGAACUCGCGUACGCUGCGGCCAAGAAGAGGAUCUACGGCCCUGACAACGCCGACGACGAUAGUAUUUCGACCUCAGCCAGCCAGCCUAGGUCGCGGCAAGCGUCGCGGCACGGGGAUGAGGACGACGACCUCGACGGCCCAAGGCGGACAAUGCCUUUCGAACGCGAGAUUGUGUACGGAUCAUUGUCUCAUGCAGCUCCCGAGACGUUGGCCGCACCGCCGAUGGGACAAGGGCCACAAGGGGGUCCUCCUAUCUUCAACCACUACGACGACGGCUGCACAGGAAUGCAGCAGCCAUUCAUGGGCUAUCCAAACCCUCGAAUGAUGCCAGCAGACCCGAAUCGCCUCAUAUAUCCCAACCAGCAAUUCCCCGGCCAGAUGCCUAUGGGUGGAUACGGCUCGUCAUGGCCGCCACCACCCAUGCCAGGGCAGAUGGUGGGUCCCAGCCAGAUGCAGCCGGUGAUGGGCAUGAUGCCAAUGGGAAGCCAAGUCUGGUACCCACCAGACAUGGGCGGACCGUCGCAGCAGGGGCCUAACAUGAUGUCCAUGAUGCCCAUCCCUCAAGGCAUGCCAAUGCCUUACCAACCGUCCAUGUACGGGGGACAGCAACAAUUCCAACAAGGCCGCACGUACAACCCUACGCUGGCACACCCAACACCGAUGCGCCCCGGUCUCGACCCGCUUAGCUCGACCGCGUCGUCCAUCUCGUCGCGCUCGUACCAGGACGUCCACUCGCGGCCCCACUCGCGCGGCUCGACUACAAGCACCCGCAGUGCAGCGAGCAGUGUGCGUCUUGGCGGUAUGUACCCGUCGGGCCAGCAGCCAUACGGCUACCGCCAAAAGGCAGUCAAGCCGAGCCAGGGCAGCUUUUCCUCGUCCAUCGGCAGGCCGACGUUUGACAUGAAGCGCAGCGGGAGGCAGAGUCCAGCAUCGACCACUUCGUCGCGCUCCUCACGCCGCGCAUCCUCGAUACAUAUCCAACAGCCCCAGCCAGGACAGCAUCCGUUGCCGCCGAGGCCAGACUGGGCCGCAAAUAACGUCCCCUACCACCCGUCCCCGAUGCCCCCAGCUGGCGGAGGCGAGCCAAGUACGAGUGACUUCCCGCCUCUGCACCGCGGCCCGCUCGGCGCUGGGUUCCGGGCGGAACCCAUGCAGGUUGAGAAGGUCAAGAUGCGUCCUCCUGCGGCGACAGCGUGGCACGCGGGAGGCAGGGAUGUCCACCACGUCCAGCAGAACUAUGGUCCGCCAGACGCAGUUGAAGUGUUCGUUGACAGUCACGAUCACGGUGAGCCUGCCCCGCACUACGGGCCGGACAUGACGACACCGCAACAGCAGUCGCCAGUGGCGCCGGAGCCCGCGGUCUCGAUCUUGCAAAACCCCGACAAUCUGGCAACACCAGUCGCGCCGGUGUUAAUUGCGGACGCCGACCCGGACUUCCCCCGUCGUAUGCCGCCGACAUCCCGCACCCCGUCGCUGUACGACCCUUCGGCGCCCGUACCCGUAGGCCGCCAGCGCCAUUCGCCUGCACCUGGGCCGCGCUAUCCACCAACCGCCCAGCACUCGCCUGUGUCGCCGAGCGCUCCGCACCCCAGCGCGACGACGACGACGCCCGUCAUUUCCAAGAAUGGCACGCCAACGGAGGCAGAAGUCGAAGCACGCUUCGCUGCGCUGAACAUCAAGUCGCGCCAGCCACCGAGCUACGCCAAGAUUGUUCGCCGCGACUAG